AUGACAGAACCAAAGGGAGUGGGCAUCAUGGGCGCCUCGCGGUCAGAGGAACCAAGCAUCUCUGCUGCAGAACGUUUCUUUAGCAUGAAGGGAAGCUUCUUGGCUGGUGGCUGGCAGGGUCCCAUGGUAAAGGACUGCGCGAGUGAGGGAAGAGGUGAUUUCAAUUACCGUAGUCUGGUGCACUACUGGUCACCUGAACGCGAGGUUGCCGAGCUGUAUCGCCAAUGGGCACAGCAGCACUGCCCCCAAUCCGAGACCUGGCUAGUUCAAAUCUGCAUUCUGAUUGCCUUCAUUAACUCAAUCCCCACCACGGAGUUGUGGUACUCGCCAGAUUGGAAAGAGUUUGUCUGGUAUUGCAGGAGGAAACAAUCGCCGCCUGAGAAAUUCAACCACCUUGAUCCGGAGACCAGAUCUGUUGGCCUCAUCAAGGGCCAUAUUUGCACCAAGAUAGCACAGCAGGUUGCACGCAUUAGGAAGGAGAAUGUCCAGAUGACGAUAAACGAUGAUUUUGUACUACGUAACCCUGUUACUGGCUCUAAGGGGACACAGUGGGUGUUCACGAUUCCAAGUGCCAUUGAUCGUCUAGGGACAGAAAUUCACAGCCGCAUCCACAUCGAUGUUACAGCUGCUCCUAAGGGCGAUGGUACGGAAUAG